AUUUAAAUGCCAAUUAUACCUUGUUUCUUUUUAAAUGUAGUUGCCACUUGCUUACAUAUUCUGACAUAGUGGUUUAACGGUUGAAGUUGAAGUCCUACCGCUAGUGCCCACUAUGCGUGAUACUGCAUAUACUUAUGCACUCAUUAUGCCAAAGCUCACAUGUAAACAGCCUAGAUCAAACAAACUAAGUUAUGAUCUCCGUGAGUGUAUCGGGAGCUCCCGUCCGAGCCCAUUCCAGCUCAAGUGCCACCCGGCAGUCCUCUCGCUGCCUGAGUUUGCUUUUUCUUAUACCAGCCAUGCAGUUUCUUCUGAAAGUCUCUGUUGUCCUUGCGCUUGCUUCAAGCGCCAUUGCCGGUCAGUGCUCCAACCACAAUAAGGGAGCACACAAGUUGGAUUGUGUCAGUAAGAGUGAGCUAUCUCAGCAUGGUAGUGACUAUUGCGACACUCAUUGGGACACAAAAUCCGGCACCUGGUCGAAUUUUGCCGACAGCAGCGGACACACCGCCAAUAUCGGAAUGGUUGGAUUGUUCUCCUCUAAGGCGGCUUGCAAGUCGGCCUUCGCGGAAAUAGUUGAUAGCUGCUACAAUGGCUGGGAUGGAGGUGCCUGGGUGGCGUAUGGGACCUUACUGCACAUCAAUUUCUGCAAGUGGGGAUCGGAUGAUAAAGCACCAAAGGAGGAAUUGUAAGGAUUGUAUGCAAAUGUCCAUCUAUCCCGCAU